AUGUGCGGCGGGUCGGGCUGCUCCGACGUAGACGGCACAAGGGGGUCGGAAUGCUGCGUGGACCACAUCCUGGACAGCGACGUCACGUGCGGGGUCGACGACGGGGUGGCCCCGUGCAUCGUCGACCCCGACAUCAUCACCACCCCGUCGGCGGCGGAGGCGGCCACGCCGGCGCCGACGGCCGUGGAAGGGGCCACGCCGGCGCCGGCUGCACCAGCGGCGGGAACGGCGACUCCGUCCAUGACGACGACGGCCCCGGGGCCGACGGCGACUCCGUCCAUGACGGCGCCGGCCGCAACGGCGACUCCGUCCAUGACGCCGACGCCGACGGCUGCGCCGGCGGCGCCGACUACUUCUACUAUCGCGCCGAGCAGCACCUCGCCGACGGAAAGCUUGACGGCGACCGCGCAGCCCGCGGCGGUGGUGGUGGCCGCGCCCAGCGCCCAGCCCUCGGUCGCGACGCCGGCGGCGGCGGCCGCGACCGCUUCGCCGGUGGCGGGCUCGUUCACUCCGGUUGCUCCGGUCGCAGGCGCCACUUCAAACUGCGAGAACGGCUACGCGGGGUGGCAGAAUAACGAAGCCUGUUGCUCCGAGUUCUGCGGGCAGUGCGGCGGCUCCGGGUGCGGGGAACUCGGGUCGGCCACCUGCUGCUUCGACAACAUCAUCAACGCGGGCAAGGUCUGCGGCGUCGACGUCCUGGAGGCCCCGUGCAUCAUCAUCAACUUCACGCCGGCCCCCCUCGCGGAAGGCGAGACCGCGGCGCCCCUCCCCGCCCCGACCUCCCCGGCCCCGGCCACCGCCGCUCCCGCGACCGCGGCUCCCUUUACGGUGUCACCGGACACGGCGGCUCCCGCGCCUGCGGCACCGGUGGCGGAGACGGAAGCGCCGUCGCCUCCGGCUCCUGUUGCGACGGAGUCCCCGGUGUCGCGCGGCGGCGUCGGCACACCGACGUCGUCUCCUGGGGGGUCGGAGGCGCCGCAAGAGUCGGUGGCGCCGUCCGUUGCGCCGCCGGUGGGGGGAGGGGUGGGGACGACUCCAGCUCCCAGCACUCCAGAGUGUGCCGACGGCAUCGAAGGCUUUCGUCACGGGGUGGCGUGCUGCUCGGUUUCGUGCGGCCAGUGCGGCGGGACGGGGUGCGAGUACCUCGAGGGAGGCGCGUUGGAGUGCUGCUCGCACGACGUCCUCACCACCAACAGUUCGUGCAGCGAGACGGGGGAGGCGCCGUGCGUCCUUGGCCCGGUGAGCGAAGUGGAUGGGGCUGCCGACGCCGAUACGACCACGAGCUCAGGGAGGGCCGCGAACAGGAUAGCGGGGGGGGGGAGAGGAGGACGGGUGUUGUUGGUGCUGCCUUGGGCUGUUUCCGCGAUGCUAAACGCGGCGGGCUUUCGUCUGUACAACUAUUAG